ACGUUUUGAUUGGUCGAAACAAAAAUACCCGAGUUUGAUGACACGCAGGGCAGUUAGAAACCAAAGCUUAAAUACGUUGAGACAAUGGAGAAGGUUUUGUGCAGUGACCACGGUGGCAUUUGUAUGUUGAAAACAGGGGUUAAGGACGGACCGAGUAAAGGCAAAAGUUUCUACGUCUGCGUAAGCGAGCAGGGCUGUGACUUUAGUCAACAGACCAGUCUCCCUCCCUCCCACUGCAUCAACCAUGAAGAUUCAAUGGUAGAACUUCAGGCCAUCAGCUUCAGCCAGAAACACCAAAGCCACAGGCUUUACUACAGAUGCAUUGUGGGUAAAAAGUCCGGACAGAGAUGGUGUGGUAGUGUUCCUUGGACUACACAAGAAAAAGAAAACAGAAUCCCUCUGUUAAGCACACAGCUUCAGCCUUCCUGCAUCCCUCCUAUCAGAAACCCUUUUAAGGCUCCUGGAAAGAUGUACAAAGACUCUGAUUGGAAGAAGAUGGAGGUUGCUGGACACAAGGAGAGCGAGAAGAAAAACAUGAAGACAAGUCACAUGGCUGAAGGUGGAGAAGGUUUUCGGAAGGAAAUUGCAGAAAAAAUAAACACCUAUCAAGGUAAAACACUUCCACAGGGGAUGAAGAUAAAGAAGAGGACAUCGGGGGAGGACAGCAGCAAAACUGACAGCAUAGAAAAGACAACAGCUGUGAUCACAGAAAAAACUGAGAAGAAGCUUGAAGGAGCGCAAAAUAAGACGUCUACAUCAAGCACAGAAGUUCAGCCUGAAAAAAUGAAUCAAGUUUCCUCUGAUGUUCACAAAAGUUUGCAAACUAGUGACAAAGCCCUGCCAGGGAAUCAAACUGACCCCCCGGUCCAAAGGAGCAUCACUGAAUCCAAACCCAGCAACAGCUCACAUGCUUCUAGGAGCCCUGGCUGUGUUGCUAUAUUAGAUGAGGAUUCUGAAGAGAGCAGAUCCAACAGAGAUGAAACCAAUGACGAUGUAGUGUUUGUGUCAGAGAAACCCGCCUCUCAGAAAACCACCCCGACAUCUGCGAUCCAAAAGACCAUAACCAACUUUCCAGGGUUCCAGUGUGUGGCAAAGCAGGGAGGCCCUAAAGAGAGGCUUAACCUGCUGUCUGUUCAGCUCAAACAGAAAAAGGCCACUCUCUCUGCUAUAAAUGUGGCUGCUUUGCCAGAUAAAGGAGAGAAACUGCAAAUCCAGAUCAAAGAAUUGGAGGACGAGCUGGAGUCACUGAGUUUGUCUGCAGCUUCUCAUACAGAAUCAGUGGAUGAGAGCAGAAAACCCGACAAAGGCACCACCUUCAGUAAUCCAUUUGACCGACAGGGGGGCAGCAUCUUCCUCCCCACUCCUCCAGUGCCGGGCCCGCCCCAGAUCCAGGGUGCAGGCAGUUCUCUGGGGCUGCAACACAGUCAGAUGCCUGCGCAGACGCAUGGGGGCGAUCACAUGCAGGCCUUUUACGGUGGAAGGAUGACUUAUGAUCGCCUGCUGGCUGUGAAGAACGCCACAUGUGAAGCCAUCGACCAUCUGCACAAAUCCCUGGAGUCUUGUCCGGAUCCUGAAACUGAAGUUACCGACCCCAAAGGGAUCAAGGUGCCUCUGAUGCCCCAUCAGAGGAGAGCUUUGGCCUGGCUGCUCUGGAGAGAAACGCAGAAGCCGUGUGGAGGGAUUUUGGCGGAUGACAUGGGUCUGGGUAAAACUCUGACCAUGAUUUCACUCAUACUGGCUAAGAAGAUGAAAGCUAAAGAGGAGGCCAAGGAGAAGGACCAGACCAAGACCAAGCUGGAUAGCUGGGUGUCUAAAAGUGAUCCUACCAUUGUUGCUUCUGAAGGCACUCUGAUCAUCUGUCCUGCUUCACUGAUUCACCACUGGAAGAAAGAGAUCGACAAACGUGUGAAGAGCUGCAGGCUAACCGUCUACCUGUACCAUGGCACCAAUCGACAGAAAAGUGCCAAAGUGCUGGCAGAUCAUGACGUGGUGGUGACCACAUAUAGUCUGGUAUCCAAGGAGAUCGAAGUCCAGAAGGAAGACGCCAACAACCCCAGCAAAGACCCUGAUCCUGAGGCAUCACGCUCUUCUCCUUUUCUGCGAGUGAGAUGGACGCGAGUGAUUCUCGAUGAAGCCCACAACAUCAAAAAUCCCAAAGUCCAGACCUCAAUGGCAGUCUGCCAGCUGAGGGCCCAGGCCCGCUGGGCCAUUACCGGCACACCCAUCCAGAACAACCUGCUGGACAUGUACUCUCUGCUAAAGUUUCUGCGCUGUUCUCCAUUCGAUGAGUACAAACUGUGGAAAGCACAGGUGGACAACGGCUCCAACAGAGGCAGAGAGCGGCUCAACAUCCUGAUGAAAGCUCUGCUGCUGCGACGAACCAAAGACCAGCUGGACUCCACUGGAAAACCACUGGUGUCUCUUCCUAAUCGGACCUGCAAGGUGCAUCAACUUCAUCUCUCUGAGGAGGAGCAGACUGUGUACGAUGUGGUGUUUGCUCAGUCCAGAUCUACUCUGCAGAAUUAUCUGAAGAGACAUGAAGGAAAGGACGUGGGAAACUCCUCCUCCAAUCCAUUUGACAAAGUGGCACAAGAGUUCGGCCUGUCUCAGUCUGAUUCUGCCGCAUCAAGCUCUCAGCAGCAUCAACAGUCCUCCAGCAGCAUCCACAUCCUGUCCUUGCUGCUGCGCCUUCGUCAGUGCUGCUGUCACCUCUCUCUUCUGAAGAAGACGCUGGACUCCUCUGAGCUGCAGGGGGACGGCAUCGUUUUGUCCCUGGAGGAGCAGCUUAAUGCUCUGUCGCUGUCCUCCAGCCCCUCACCAUCAGAUGCUGACCCCAAAGACACAGUGCUGCUCAAUGGCAGUCGCUUCCCCUCACGGCUGUUUGAGGACACCAACAAAAGCACCAAGAUUUCAGCUAUCACCUCUGAGCUCAUGGCAAUCAAAGAGAAGAGUGACGACCAAAAAAGUGUUAUUGUGUCACAGUGGACAAGCAUGCUCAGCAUUGUUGCCGUUCAUCUGAGGCGGAUAGGCUUGACAUUCGGAGUUAUCGAUGGGUCUGUCAACCCAAAACGCCGCAUGGAUCUGGUGGAGGAAUUCAACACAAAUCCUAAAGGGCCUCAGGUGAUGCUGGUUUCUCUUUGUGCUGGAGGCGUGGGACUUAACCUUGUUGGAGGAAAUCACCUCUUUCUCAUUGAUAUGCACUGGAACCCUGCUCUAGAAGACCAGGCUUGUGAUCGGAUCUAUAGAGUUGGACAAAGCAGAGAUGUCACCAUCCACAAGUUUGUCUGUGAAAGCACAGUGGAGGAGAAGAUUUCCAUUCUGCAGACAAGAAAGAAGGAGCUUGCCCAGAAUGUCCUCUCAGGAACAGGAAAUACCUUCUCCAAACUCUCCCUGGCUGAUCUCAAAAUCAUUUUUGGCGUCUGAUUGAAAAGAUAUUAUUGGAACCUUCAAGACACACAUUUAUUUAUAUUACUUCUCGUGUUUGGAAGUACUAUAAUAAGUCCUGAAACAUUUGCACUAACACCAAUUAUCAGAAACUUUACUCUAAUUUGUUAUUUCAAGGCAAAAACCGGUAAUUUGCAGACCUUUAGUUUAUUGCAGCCAUUGUUACUUUGGAAAAGCAGUUAAUUUCUGUUGGUGAACAUUGCUUCAAAGUAUGGAAUAUUCUAUUUUUUUGUGGUUGGAAAUGAACAUAUUUGUCACCCUUUUUUGUUCUAGUAAAAUUGCUGCUAUUAUUUGCCCCAUGUAUUGUAUUUAUAUAUAUAUUUCAUUUCCAUUUAAAUAAAUUCAACUACAUGGUGAUGUAAGCUGCAAUUAUUUCAAAUGUAAAAAUUGUCUUUUUAAUAAAACAACUAUAGAUAGCAAGAGUU